CUCCAGGCUCUGCACUCCCUCCAGGCGCCUCCUCCUCCUCCUCCAAACAUGGCGCCGGCCCGCAGCGCUGCUGCUUCUCCGACAGACGACUCAGAGAGGGACAGAAGGAGGAGAAGCAGAAGAAGCGGGCAGCAGCCUACUCUGAACGUGUUUUAAAAAGCUCUUUUUAGACUGACACAACCUGACGUUCUUCAGGCUCUCAGCGCUGACUUUACGCGCCGCUUUUGGAGACGUUUACGCGUCAACUGUGCGCGUAACGGAGAGCCCACCUGUCGGACGAAGGUAGAUUUCAUUCCGUUUCUACUAGGAUGUGAAUCUCCCUGAUUUAUGUGAGCUAAGCGAGCAGACUGAGCGAGUGGAGGUCAGAGAUGGCUCUGGUAGGAACAUGUGCAACCCUCUGAGGAGCAGAAACUCGGAGGCUGAUCAGGAUUCGAGUCUUUCCACGGAAUAAACAGCAUUUUUCACGCCGAGAGGAUGGAUGGAGAACACUCUGCUCUGUCAGGGGUUGAGAGGGAAAGAGAGAAGCUUCCACCAAUUUACAACAGCUCCCCUCCUGCUGGUUUGGGCCGAGGGGCGAAGCAGCCGUUUCCGUCUCUGGGCACCUUCAUCUCCACGCUGAGUCAGCGGAGGGACGCAGGGGGGCGGGGCUUGGCCGGCGGCAUGACGGGCACCCUGAGCAGCACCCAGUGGUUCAGACACGGGAGGGAGCUGCCUCCCAUCUGCAGUGAUGUUCGUCAGAAGCAGCGUGUCUCCAUUGACACUCUGCCCCCGGAGGUCAAAGCUCCGUUCCCCUCCGACCCCAUCAUCCCCCUGAGAACCAAGACCACCAAGGAGUUUCAGGAGGACAUGGAGCGUGCCGUCCAAUCAGGUGACUGGAGGGAGGUCCGAGAGUUUUACCUGACCACCUUCGACUCCUUCAUAGAAAUCAACGCUGCCUUCAAGCGAGAGGCGAAUGGAUCGUUUAACACGAUAGACGACUCGGGAGUCAACGCCAAGUUUGUCAACGCCGUUUAUGACGCACUGCUGAGCACACCUCAGGACAUCCAGAAGUCCGUGCUGAAAGGGAUCAUCAACAGCCUGCUGAGGGAGUGGAAGGGGCCUCGGACUAAAGAUGACCUGAGAGCUUAUUUCGUUCUUGUCCAGAACCCACAGUAUUCGAGCACCAGCACCUAUGUGAUCUACGCUCACCUGCUGAGGCAGAUCGCUGCUCUGUCUGAGGCCGACCACCACUUCCUGGUUCACUGGCUCAAAAAGCUGUCGGCGAGGCGUUUCAGGCAGCUGGUAGAGCGCCUCCUUCAGUUCAUCUCCACCCGACUGUUUCCUGCAGAACCAGACGAACUUCCUCCUUUGACCAAAUGCUCCUGGUGGAUCCCCUCCGCUACCAAAGUGCUCAGCCUGUUCAAUGCGGCCAACAGCGUCUCCUCUCCUCCCAUCAUGCCUUUCACCGACUUUUACAACAUCACGCUGGAGCACAUUGACUUCAUGGAGGAGUACAGGACCUGGCAGAACUACGGCAACUCAAACAGGUUUUCCUUCUGCCAGUUUCCCUUCAUCCUCUCGACUGUGGUGAAAAAAGCCAUCAUCCAGAAAGACUCUGAGCAGCAGAUGAUCAGCCAGGCCAGGCAAAGCCUGGUCAGCAAGGUGUCUCGCAGGCAGAGAGUGGACAUGAACCUCCUGUUCCUCAACAUUAAAGUACGACGAGCACAACUCCUCAGCGACUCACUGGAUGAGCUGACGAGGAAGCGGUGCGACCUGAAGAAGAAGCUGCGGGUGACGUUUGUCGGGGAGGCGGGGCUGGACAUGGGCGGCCUGACGAAGGAGUGGUUCCUGCUGCUGGUCCGACAGAUCUUCCACACGGACUACGGAAUGUUCACGUACAUGAAGGACUCACGCUGCCAUUGGUUCAGCAGUUGGAAGUGUGACAACUAUUCUGAGUUCCAAUUGGUCGGGACUCUGAUGGGCUUAGCCGUUUACAACAGCAUCGCUCUGGACAUCCACUUCCCGCUCUACUGUUACAGGAAGCUCCUCUCUCCACCCACUGUGCCUUGUGACCAGAAUGCCCUCGUGGGCAUGGCGACCGCCACCCUGGACGACCUGCAGCAGAUCAUGCCGGAGCUGGCUCAUGGUUUGGGAGAGCUGCUGAGCUACGAGGGAAACGUCGAGGAAGACUUCUACCUCACCUUCCAGGUAUUCCAGGAGGAAAUGGGCGUGGUCAAAUCCUACAACCUGAAGCCUGGAGGAGACAAAAUCCCCGUAACGAAGCAGAACAGGAAGGAGUAUGUCCAGCUCUACGUCGACUUCCUGCUGAACAAAUCCAUUUACAAACAGUUUGCUGCCUUCUACCACGGCUUCCACAGCGUGUGCGCCUCUGAUGCACUCAUGCUGCUGCGGCCGGAGGAGGUAGAGAUGUUGGUGUGCGGGAGUCCAGAGCUCGACAUGAGCGCUCUGCAGAAAGCUGCUCAGUACGAAGGUUACAGCAAGACAGACGCCACCGUACGGUCUUUCUGGGACGUGGUGUUGGCCUUCCCUCUGGAGCUACAGAAGAAGCUCCUCCACUUCGCCACAGGAAGUGAUCGCGUUCCUGUCGGGGGAAUGGCUGACCUCAACUUCAAAAUCUCCAAGAUCGACGUUCCAACCGACUGGCUGCCCAUCUCUCACACCUGCUUCAAUCAGAUCUGCCUGCCUCCGUAUCGAACCAGGAAGGAGCUCAAACACAAACUCACCAUCGCCAUCUCCAACGCUGAGGGCUUCGGCCUGGAGUGACCAGCAAGCACACACACACACACACACACACACACACACACAGACUGUUAGCCGUGUGAGCUGUCUGUCUGCCACAACACAACGCACCUUAUGUAUCUCUGUGGUCGUGGAUCAGACUGUAGAGGAAACGAGUCGCUCACUACGUGGUUUCUAAUGUCCGACCGCCUCGUCAUGGACUCUCACGCAGCUUGUAUUGUUUCACUGAGGUUGGACUCAUCAGUUUGCCAAUACUGAACUUUUUAAUUUGCAGAUGAAGAAGAUGGGAGGUUCAUACUGCAACAGAGAAACACUAGAAAUCCUUUCAUUUGCACAUGAACUGUUGGGUCUGUUAGAAGAAAGUCCCGAAUGAAGACAACAACAUGAGGACAUUUGGACUCUUUGACGAAGAUAAAAAGAUAACUCAGUGUCAUAAAUUAAAAAGAUUUCUAGUUCAAACAUAUCAAUCAUAACGAGGUCACUGCUUUGCUCAGGUAAUUAUUAUCACAUACAACUUUAUUAAGACUGUUUUUAUCGUUGCUUCUAACAGAUUCCCAGCAUGACCGUCGUUAACAUUAACUCUACGUCACGGUCCACGAGUCCGGACUGAAAGACCGGAGCGUGUAAACGUUAAACCAGAGAAACCAGUGUGUUUCACUCAACGAAGCUUUGCCAAGAUGAUGACAUGCUGUAGGGAGUGAACUUUUAGUGGCCUGUAACUUCCCCUGUGACGCCCAGCGGGUCUGAUGAGGCUCGGGUCAGCGCAGCAGACUGACUGCUGGUUCACAGGAAGCGCUGAUUUCAUCUCAAUCAGUUUAGUUCAGAUUUAUGAUGACAAGCAGAAAAACAAGUCAAUCAGAACAACUGCAUGGGCAGUUCAGUAAUCCAAUAAGCUAUGAUUCAUCCAUGAGUACUGAGUCUUGUUGAAAUUUCAGGAAGAGGGAGUGGAGAUCCGGCACAAAGUGAAGGUACAAGUAAGCAGAAACAGAAAAGAUUUCUGGAUGACUCUUUCAGAUGUACGGUUUUAAUUUGUCCUGAAUUUGUGUCUAAUCUGACUUUUGGUGAAUUUUUAAGUAUGUCUUUUAUGAAUUCCUAGGAGAUGUGUUUGUCAUUUUGCUUUGUUUGCAUCACACUGUCAGCACACCAAGCUUUGCUGGGACACGAGUCACGAGACAAACAUCGUCUUGUUUGGUUUUGUUUUCUGACAUUGCAGCCUGUUUUAGUGAACGAAAGGCUGCAGCACAAGUGUUUUCACUUAUUUUAAAUGUUGUUCUGAUACAGAGCUGUUGAUUGACAGUUCGGUGUUUGGUUUGGUCAUGUUUUGUGGUAUUGUGGCUGAGGGAUGAGCAGCAGCCUGCAGGUAAACGUUGAAUCUUAGUCGAGUACGAAAGGCCCGACUGGAAAGCAAAUUCAGUGCUUUUAAAUGUCCUUAUUGCACCAAUCCUGGAAAUCUGAAUCCGCCAUUUGUCCUUCAGUUUCUUUGACUAAAACAAAUAGAACACAAAUGAAAAGAAAUUGCAAAACUUAUUUUAACUUCUGAAUUUUGAAUUUCAUCUUCCGUCUUGUUGCUGCGUCCUCUUGAGGUCUGACUAAGCUUCAUGAGCAGAAGUGGAUGCUGUUUGUGGAGAGCUUCAGCUCGCUGUGUUUACGUGCACUCUGACAACCAGGCUGCUGUGAAUCCAUCAGCAGUCCCAUUUCCCCUUUAGCCCUGACCUCUUUUUGGAAUCAUGGCUCGCUUAGUUUAACGAAAGAAGCCGCUGCUUCCUAAUUAGUCAGAAUUUUAAAGUCAGAUUGUUAGUGUUUGAUUGAAUUAUCUUUUUUUACUUGUUCCGCUGCUUUUUACAAUUAAAAACGUGGCCUUC